AACAUAUCAAAUUAGAGUGGCAUAUUAUAUCAAAUAAUCUAAUCUCUUUAUUAUUAUUAUUAUUAUGUUUUUCAUAUCAUAUUUUGGGAGGGACAAGUUUCAUAUCACUCUCUAUAUAUAGAGAACUUUAAUUUAUGUGCAAGACGCAAGAUUAGAAACAAAUUGCUUUGUUGCUCUUCUCCAUGGCUAUCUUUUCUAUAACAAGCAUUAACAAAUCUCUAAUGGCUGCUUCAAUGCUCCUUUUGGGACUUGUAAUGUCAAAUUUUGGCAUAACAGCUGCACAAUCUGUAGGUGUUUGUUAUGGAAUGCUAGGAAACAAUCUACCAUCUGCAUCAGAAGUUAUAUCUCUUUACAGGUCAAACAACAUCAGAAGAAUGAGACUCUACGAUCCCAAUCGAGCUGCCCUGGAAGCUCUUAGAGGCUCCAACAUUGAAGUCAUGCUUGGUGUUCCAAACUCAGAACUUCAAAGCCUAGCAAACCCUUCAAAUGCAAAUGCAUGGGUACAAAGAAACGUGUUGAGCUUCUGGCCAAGUGUCAGAUUCAGGUACAUUGCUGUUGGGAAUGAAGUGAGUCCUGUUAACGGAGGCACAUCUCAUUAUGCUCAAUUUGUUCUCCCUGCAUUGACGAACGUAUUCAAUGCAAUUAGAUCAGCAGGUCUGCAGGAUCAAAUCGCAGUUUCAAUUGCAAUCGACAUGACUUUGAUAGGGAACUCCUAUCCUCCAUCAGCAGGUGCUUUUCGAGAUGAUGUUAGGCGCUAUCUAGAGCCAAUCAUUGGCCACCUAUCAUAUGCAAGAGCACCUCUACUUGCUAAUAUCUACACAUACUUUAGCUAUGUUGGCAAUCCAAGAGAUAUCUCUCUUCCUUAUGCUUUAUUAAGCUCACCAUCCGUAGUUGUAUGGGAUGGUUCGCGAGGAUACACAAACCUGUUUGAUGCAAUGCUAGAUUCUUUGUACUCUGCUAUGGAGAGGCUUGGAGAAUGGGCUGCUUUGGAUGUUGUUGUGUCUGAAAGUGGGUGGCCAUCGGCAGGAGGGUCUGCGACAUCUUUCGAUAAUGCAAGGACUUAUUACUCGAAUUUGAUUCGUCAUGUUAGAGGAGGAACCCCAAAGAGACCUGGUAGACCUAUAGAGACUUACUUGUUUGCUAUGUUUGAUGAGAAUCAGAAGAAUCCAGAACUGGAGAAACACUUUGGGGUUUUCUAUCCCAACAAACAACCAAAAUACAACCUAAAUUUUGCUGCAGAAAGAACAUGGGAUAUUUCAACCGAAUACAAUAAUACUCUUCCCCUUAUAAGUAAUAUGUAAGCUUUGGAAUUUACCAAGAAAAGAAAAUAUAUGUACGCUUUGGAUUUUGUUUUGUUCUUGUUCUAUUUCCAAGUAUGCACUUGUAUUUAUCAAUAAGAGAAUCUCAUGUUUGAUUUUGCUUAUGAGGAAACAGAA